AUGAACAAUCAACAACAGCAACAUCAACAGAUGUUGCACCAGCAACAACAACAACAGAUGAUGAUGCAACAACAGAGACAACAGCAACAACAGAUGAUGAUGCAACAGCAACAGUAUCAACAACAUCCACAACAGCAACAACAUCCACAACAACAUCCUCAACAACAACAACAAGGUAGACAACAACAACAACAACAAUUGACACCACAUCAAGUUGCAAAGCUACAAGUUAUGAGUCCUCAACAACAGCAACAAUACUUUUAUCAACAACAACAACAGAUGAUAUUACAACAACAACAGCAACAACAACAACAGAUGAUGCAAAUGAUGAAUCCACAACAGCUCAUACAGUUGCAGAUGAUGAGUCCUCAACAGCAACAAUACUAUCUCAAUCAGAUGGCAAUGCAGAUGCAACAACAACAGCAACAGCAACAACCUAGCAUGUUUGACAACUUUAUACCUCAGCGACAGCAACAACAACAACAGCCGCAGCAGCAACAACAAGAUCCAAAGCAAAGCCAUCAGAACCAAUUCCUUCAGCUCUUCCCAGAGCUGGCACCAAAGGCCAAUGCAUCAGCGGGAGCUCAAACUCAAGGAGGAAUGCUUAUGCCAGCGCAAUCAAAUGUACCAAUCGUUCCUGGCAAGCCAAACUAUGACAUCAUCAGAGAGAUGCAAGAGUCGGAGAUUGUUGAACAAAAGCAACCAACUCCGACAGGCGAAUCGUCUUCUGGAAGUGUGGACAAGCAAGCACUCUCACCUUCACAACAGUCACAACAACCACAGGGACCUCUGCUUAAUGAGUAUGGACAUGUGAUACUUCCUCAACAACAGCAACAACAGCAACAACAGCAACAACAGCAACAACAGCAACAACAGCAACAGCAGCAUCCACAGCAGUUUGGUAUGCCAGGUGCACCCUUCCCACCUCAGGCACAUCCCCAGCAACAACAGUUUGGUAUGAUCCCAGGCCAACAACAUCCACAUCCACAGCAGCAACAACCAAUGAUGGGCGGAGGAGCUGGUAGUCAUGGUCGCGGAGGUGGUAGUCAGGGCCAGGGAGUGAUGAACAGUCAUAUGAGUGAUGGUAUGACGUUCAACUCAAUGUUGCAACAUCAACCGCAACCAAUGCAUCAACAUCAAAUGUACAACAGUAGUGCCAUUGCAUCAACAAUCCCUCAAACAACACCGGCUGAUGAGUUUGGAGAUUUCGGUGACUUUGAAUCGUCAUCCAACGAUCCAUCACAUAGCCAAGCCUUCCCGCAGCCAACCCUCACUAUCCCCAUUCCAUUGACCAAUCUUACGACUACAUUGCCCGCUCCAUCUCCCUCUGCCUCUGUCGUAAAGUCACCGCAACCAGUCGUGCUUCCUGAAAGUCAACAACAACAUCAUUCAGUGUCCUCACCAGCCAUACAGGCACCCGCUGGUGUUUCUGCCGCACAACCCGUCACAUCACCUACGACCGUCACGACACCACCAACGCCACAACAAGAUGAAGGCGAUGUAAAGUUUGAUUUGGAGAAGAUGAUGCAAGAGUCUCUAAGGUUGGCAGGUGUGAAGAGGCCAGAUUCGGCAACGAUCAAGCAGCCGGCGACGACGCCAGGCUCAUCAGUGUGGUCAAACGCAGACAGUUAUAAGAGGAUUUUUGAGAAUGUUGACAAGGAGGUGGACUUCUUCUCAUUGCCAACGGUUGAGACUACAACUGUUGCAGUGGUUCCCACAACACCAACCAAUCUCACAUCAAGUCUGCUCAGCAAUGACAACAUUAUGAACAUGGGAACAUCAGCUGGCAAUAACAAGACAGCAGCACCAGCGGCGAUAGCAACACCCAAGGCAAAUGUACCACCAUCAAUUCCAAUCAUGAUGCCAACAACAUCAAGCCAUAAUGAUGAGUUUGGUGACUUUGGCGACUUCAAUGGAGCUCAAGGAAAUGACUCGUUUGACACACCUCCACCAUCAAGCCAAGGCAUUGGUGGAUUUGGCGCUGCCCCUCUCGCCCUCAACAAGUCGACAACAUCUCCUCAAUCCUCAACAUUUGCAAUGCCAGCAUCAACAUCAUUUACACCAACAACACUACCAACAACACAAACAACAACAUCAUCAUUUACACCCGUUCCAAUCACAAUGCCAUCAAUGGUUACACCAUCCCCUGUUGUACCACCAAUUGCAACAUCAACAACACCCAAACCAUCGAUUGCUCCACCUGGAAUAUCACCAAAGCUAUCCCGAAACACACCAAUCGUUAUACCUUUGCCAAAGGUGACUGCAACUCCGACACCAGUGGUCAAGCCACCACCAAUUGUCAAUCCAGCGCCAGUCGCAGCCACUACAACACCAGCUGCCGGCACAAAGCCUAAGCAGUCCAACUUCUUUGACGAUGACUUCAUUUUCUCAACGCCAACCCUGCCAACUACUACACCAUCGUCGACCUCAAUUUCUGACAUUCUGGCUCCAACCUCAUCAUUGGCAUCAUCGUCCUCCUCAGUGACAAAACCCUCACAGCCUACCCCAUUGAACCUUUCAUCGGGACACUUCCUGCCCAGCAGCAAAUCCUCGAAUGAAGAGUUUGAAGAGUUCUCAAGCUUCACAAGCAGCACCACCUCUGAUCCAAUCUCAACAACAGCAACAAAGGCGUCAUCAAGCUCUUCCUCAUUCAUGGACUUUGGCGGAUUCACAUCUCAAUCACCAGCUGCCCCUGUCGCAACGAACUCUGCGUCCAAUAUCCCAUCAUUCUCCAAUGACAUCCUUAUACCUACAUCGGCAUCAGCCUCAGCAACUACUCCCGCUGCAGUAUUGACGCCCGUUGCCUCAAGUGCAAAGCCUACACCGUCUGGACCAACACCCAAUCAAACAUUGCUCAAUGACAUAUUACAAUCACUGAUCAAUCAAGAGCGUUUGGAGGAGGCAGUCGAUUGCCAGAGUAAGAUUGCUUUAUACUCUGACAUCAGCAAGGAACUGGACCAGGAUAUACAAAACAAGAUUGUGUUGUGGACAGACAAUGCACCUUCGUCACACAUCACCAUCGUCCAAAUGAAGCAAUCAUUGAGAGUGAAGAAUGUACCAAGCGAGAAGAUUGAGACCUUCUUCUCUCAGUUUGAUCACCAGCCCCUGUCACUCAUGGCCAAGACCGAUCUUCAUGUUGCCCUCGAGUUACAACAGAAGGCCAUUAAAUUUGUACAGAAUAACACAAAGACAGAGAGCGAUAAGAAGGCAAAGAGCAGUGCCGACAUUGCUCAAUCAGAGAAUAAGAUAAGCAGCGAGAUUGGCUAUAUCUCGUUGCAACAUUGUCUUGAGACAAUACAAAAGGCGGCUGAAUUGCUUCCAUCUGUACAGAAUAAUCAGGACGCCACACUACACAAACAAGUGAUACAGAGCCAGAAGUACAAGGACUAUCUCGCCUCACUGUCCAGUAUCUACGCCAUUGCCUACAGUAUUGAACAACAUCUCAAUCCAAAGAGUCCAUCUGCCACCUUCUCCAAGAUCACGAACAACUGGUCAUCGAUACUGCCGUUCUACAAGGAGGUCAACAUUGAACACUUCACGGCCAAGGCCUAUGACGCUGAAUCACUCUCCAACUCGUCCAACAAGUACCACUGCCACAUCUGUGGAAGCAGACUGGAAAACAGCGAUCGCCAUACACACAACGGUGUCCACUUCCACAUGGCCUGCGCCAACUUUUGGGUCAACGUCGUGGAUAUCAACCUUCCCGCGCAGCAGUAG